CGUCGUGUCGAGCAAAGCAAGCGAACACUGUAAACACGACCGACUGCAAGCACACCACACACCCUAUCUAUCGACGUACCGCACCCGCCCAUCAUGCGCAGGGAGUCGGCCGGGCCGCCCAGGCCGUACGCUUCAAACAGCGCAAAUCUCGGAGGAGCUCAACAAGGAACGUUUGUGUCUGGAUCUCAGUCGGGCCCGACGAGCAACUCUUCACCCUCUUACUCAGCGGCGCCGAACGACCCCCACCAGCACCAACCGGUUCGCUUCACCCAGCCGUUCACGUACAACCCCCACGACCAGUCCACUGUCGCUACCCCAUACUCGGCGCCCCCGUCGUCAUCAGCCCCUCCCUCGGCGGCCCCAUUGACGUCGGCAAACUCUAGUGCCCAGCCAAGCCCAGGCGGUGGUGGCCCCUCAUCCCUCCGGCUCAGCGUCACUUCGCCGCCGUCGACCAACCCUGGCUCUCUCAGUCCAACGGAUCGGCACCUGCCCUCUAUCCCACCCUUUCACAGGCCUCUGGGCAGCAUGGCAGCCUCCCGCAAGUCGUAUGACGAGAACGCUGCAGGCUCUAUCAGCGGCGGUUUGCAACGUGCCCCAGCACAUUACGAUGCCCGCCCCCCAAACAUGAGCCAGAUCAUGCCCUCGCCUGCUGCAGACUCGCGCAAGUCGCAAGACCUCACUUGGAACUCGCCUUCGUCCCGUGCAGACUCGUUUGGCUCGUCCAGUGUCCAAUCUGUAAACACCCCACUCCCGACGCUCCCGCCGACGACGAGCUCAAAUAACAGCAACACUUUUGCAUACCCUUCUAGCAGGGGUGGCCUCGUUGCAGAGCCAGACUCGUACGCCCGCCGCCUUUCCGCCGCAUCUACUGUUUACGGUGGCGGAGGUGGCGGCGCAGGGAGCCUCGACACCCGUACAGGCAGCAUGGACACUCAGCGCCGCGCCAGCGACGCCGAGGAAGUCGAAGCUGGCCUGGCGCUCGCCGGCCUCGGUCUCAUCAACAACAAGCGCCGCGAGAGCGAAACCUCUCCGCCCAACGGUUCUGCCGCCAGCUCGUCGUCUGCCCAGCCAUCCUCUGCCAAAAAGGCCAAGAAGGAGGAAAAGCAGGGCUCUACAGGCGGCGGCAAGGACACGCGCAAGAGCUGUCAGGAGUGUCGCCGUCUCAAAGCAAAGUGUGACCGUGUAUUCCCCUGUUCAAAUUACGGAGACCUCUCUUGCAUGCAAGGCAAACGUUUGGUCCUCGCAUCAACAGAACAACUACAUGACAGGAUUGCACAACUCGAGGCCGCCUUGUUCCAGACAAACAAGCAGGUGUCUACCACCCACCACCCCUUGCUCGCACCUCAGUACCUGGAUGGAGGGUUCGCCUCGGUCGACCCUCCACCAGGGUACGAGCGUGGCGCCGUCGACGGUGAACAUCAGGGACGGCCCGAUGCAGCGCGCCGCAGUUCCUCGCAGACGUCCUUCACCGUCGGCACACCUCGUACGCAGUCGUCGCAUCGCAUGGCCGUCGAGAGCUUGCUACUCUCUGACGAGGUCGUUGCCCGCCGCGAGAACGAGUGGAUCCUCGCCCGUGCUCCGACACCCGACAUGGUCGAUGACCGCCAGGCCAUCGCCAUGCGGCUGCGUAAGAUCCUCGCGGUGCUUCCGCCUCGCGAGGAGCUGCGCAAGCGCUCAGCCCGUUUCUGGAUCUAUUCCUCCUGGUAUCAGAGCAUCCUGCACCGCGAAGAGUUUGAUAAUGUCUACGAGCCCGCCUCGUACCACCCCACUGCCGCAAACCCGCUCAGCCCACACAAGCUCGCAUGCGUGCUCAUGGUGCUCACCCUCGACACAUUCUUCGAUCUCAGCACGGAGCAGGAGGACCCCAAGGUUGGGCUGUACUGGGACGCCGCGCAGCAGUGUUUCGACACGCGCUUCGGCUGGGCCGCGAGUGUGGCGGGCGUCCAAGCGCUCGGUCUCAUGGCGCUGUUUGUCGGCUUUGGAUGGCGUGGAGCGAGGGCCUCCAACUUUUACUUCUUGAGGCAGAUGACCACUGCUGUCCAGCAGCUCGGCCUGCACAAGGAGCCCCACCCCGGAGUGCCCGAGGACGAGGCCGACUUCCGCCGUCGUAUCUUCCACGAGUCGUUCCAGCUCGACUGUCUCCUGUCGAUGAACCACGGCCAGAGGACUGCCAUCCCGCUGGAGAACAUCGAGACCCGGUACGCGAGCAUGACGCCGCACCUCAACUUUACAAAGUACGAGUACAUGCGCCGCAUCACCUACGCCGUCAUCGAUAUUGGUCUUCGUCCCGACUCGAACCCCGCCUCGCCCGAUGUCAUCCGCGCCGUCGAGGAGGAGAUGAUCAGGUUUGACGUCAACAACAUCCCUGAUGUCCACUGCCCUGCCAUGGUCGGCCACAAGCUCCCCGACCCGCCCGCCGACCUGUCGACCUUUGAGCCCAUGGGCCAUGCGCGUACUACGACCAGCAUGGCCAUGUACAAGAGUUCUCUCUUCCUCUUCCGCCCCGCCCUCCGCCUCCUGAUCGGGCGUGUCCGCUCCGACCCGGACUACAAGGUCGACGACUGGGACCGCAAGGUGUCCAUGACGACUUUUGAGACGUGUCGCUGCAUUGUCCUGUCGGCCAAGUACCUCGUGCGCAACCAGCCCCGUCUGUCGGGCCGCACCUGGAGUACCUGGGUGCAAGUGUUCUCGGCCGCCGUGUCCAUCACGGCUGUGGCCAUCUUCCUUGGCCCGCAGCUUGAGCCCACGCUCAUUGGCCAGGCGUUCAUGGAGCUCAACGAGGUGUGCCAGAUGAUCGACGAGUGUGGCUCGAACCGUGCCCGUGGCGUGCACGCCCUCAUCCCAGUGCUGCAGCAGAUGCUUGCUGCUCGGUACCCGCAACUCGUGGGCCAGAACACCACCCCGAGCAUCAACGCCGAAGGUGCCGACAUGCUCUACGCUCUGCUUGGUGGGUCUGUCGAUGAGCACGGUCCUCAGGGCGCGACGCACAUGACCGAGUCGGUCGCUGCGGUGUUCUCGCCCCUCGACCAAGCCGCGUCGCUUCAGCCCCCCCAGCAGCAGCAGCAGCAACAGCAAAUUCAGCAACAGCACCACCAGCAGCAACAACAGCAGCACCACCAGCAGCAGCAGCAAGCGCCACCUCACCACCUCCAGCCGCCGCAUAUGAACGGCAACGCGCAGCCGGGCCAGAUGGCCCCGCCGCCACACCCCAACGCCGCGGGCGGCUCGGGCGCCACGACCCCCGGCGACCGCGUCACUCCCGACGAGUGGAAGGGCAACACAGGCCAGCAGCUGCACCCCGGUGCCAUGGGCCACCCGAUGCUCGUCCCCGACCCCAACUUCCAGUACACUGCGUACAAUGGAGGCCUGACGACGUCGAUUCCGACGCUCGACCUGCAGCUCGGCAACGUGGUGCACAACCUCAACCAGCAGCAGCCAGGGUUCAUGCCGCACGUGUCGCAGCAGCCGACGGCGCCGCCUCAGCAGCUUGGGCCGAACAACGAGCCGCACAUCAUCUCGGGCCCGGCAUACUCGCUCAACCCACUCCCGACCGUGGAGCUGGACCCGGGCACGCCGAUGCAGAUGGCCAACAGCGCUGCCAAGGAGCUGAGCGCGACCGAGCUCUGGGCGCGCCUGCAGACGUUCUACGAGCCGACCGUGUGGUGGGGCCUCGGGGACGGGUACGACGUCGGCGCGCUCCAGGGCAUGAACGUGAGCGACCCGGCCGCGCCCGCGUACCCCGGCAGCAACGGGAACAGUGGAAGUGGGAAUGGGAACGGGGGAGGGUACGAGCAGCCGCAGCCUGCCAUCUACCAGGCGAGCCCACUGUUCUAG